GAGCUACUGUACUGUAGCAGGUUAACGCUGCUCUGUUCAACACACAAGCAAAGAAGACACAGUAUGACGUGAAAAAGCGGACUUUCUCACGUUAUUCUCCAGGUGGGAAACAAAACACCGACGAUAACCGAGCAGACCGACCUAGCGGUGUCUAGCGGGGGUUAGCAGGCAGCCAUGGAUACCACCACCUCCCUGAAGAUGACCUCUCUGGCCAUCCAGAGUCUGUUCAGCUACGUGGAGGAGGAGAACCUCGCGGCCAUCAAAGCACAUUUGGACAAGUUCAAAGAUGUUGACAGCAGGAGCGAUAAUGGACAGACUCCCCUGAUGGUGGCGGCAGAGCAGGGCAAUCUGGAGAUAGCACAAGAGCUUUUGAGGAGAGGAGCCAACGUAAACCUGGACGAUGUUGACUGCUGGACGGCAUUGAUCUCGGCAGCAAAGGAGGGCCACAUCGAGGUGGUGAGGGAGCUGCUGGAGAACAAUGCUAACCUGGAACAUCGAGACAUGGGAGGUUGGACUGCUCUCAUGUGGGGAGCCUACAAAGGUCAUACAGAUGUGGUCCGGCUGCUCAUGGAUAAAGGAGCUAACCCCAACAUCACCGGCCAGUACAGCGUCUACCCCAUUAUCUGGGCGGCAGGUCGAGGCCAUGCAGAGAUUGUCCAUCUCCUGCUGCAGCACGGAGCCAAGGUCAACUGCUCGGACAAGUAUGGUACCACUCCUUUGAUCUGGGCAUCGAGGAAGGGCCACUAUGACUCUGUGAUGCACCUUCUGGCCAACGGAGCUGAUGUGGACCAAGAAGGAGCCAACUCCAUGACGGCUCUGAUUGUGGCGGUGAAAGGUGGCUAUACAGAGGUGGUAAAGGAGCUGCUGAAGAGUAACCCGAACGUCAAUAUGACGGACAAGGAUGGCAACACAGCCCUCGCCAUUGCUGCCAAGGACGGUCACACCGAGAUCGUACAGGACCUGCUGGAUGCCGGCACCUAUGUCAAUAUCCUGGACAGGAGUGGGGAGACGAUGCUGAUUGGAGCAGUGAGAGGAGGCCAUGUGGAGAUAGUCCGAGCUCUGCUGAACAAAUACGCUGAUAUUGACGUCAGGGGCCAGGAUGGAAAGACUGCCCUCUACUGGGCUGUGGAGAAAGGCAACGCCACCAUGGUGAGAGACAUCCUGCAGUGUAACCCGGACACCGAGAGCUGCACUAAGGAGGGAGAGACCCCACUCAUCAAAGCCACAAAAAUGAGGAACAUAGAGAUAGUGGAACUCCUGCUGGAUAAAGGAGCCAAGGUGUCUGCAGUGGAGAAGAAAGGAGACACGCCGCUCCACAUUGCCAUCAGAGGGCGCAGCCGGAAGCUGGCUGAGCUGCUGCUGAGGAACCCUAAAGAUGGCCGCCUGCUUUAUCGCCCCAACAAAGCUGGAGAGACACCGUACAACAUUGACUGCACCCACCAGAAAAGCAUCCUCACACAGAUAUUUGGAGCCAAGCACCUCUCCCCCUCUGAGUCUGAUGGAGACAUGUUGGGUUAUGACCUGUAUAGCAGUGCUCUCGCAGACAUCCUCAGUGAGCCCACUAUGCAGCCACCCAUCUGUGUUGGACUGUACGCCCAGUGGGGCAGUGGCAAAUCUUUCCUUCUGAAGAAACUGGAGGAUGAGAUGAAGACCUUUGCAGGCCAGCAGAUAGAGCCCUUGUUCCAGUUCUCCUGGCUGGUGGUCUUCCUCACCCUGCUGCUCUGCGGCUCACUGGCUGUGGUUCUGGGAUUUACUGUCGAUCCCAAGCUGGCGAUUGCCGUCUCCCUCAGCCUCCUCGCUCUGCUCUACAUCUUCUUUGUGUUGGUGUACUUUGGAAGUCGGCGUGAGAGGGAGAGCUGGCACUGGGCGUGGGUCAUCAGCACCCGUCUGGCUCGCCAGGUCGGUUACAUGGAGCUGCUGCUCAAACUGAUGUUUGUCAACCCCCCCGAACUUCCCGAGCAGACCACCCGGGCACUGCCUGUCAGGUUCCUGUUCACAGACUAUAACCGCCUGUCCAGUGUUGGGGGGGAGACCUCCAUGGCUGAGAUGAUUGCCACGCUCUCUGAUGCCUGUGAGAGGGAGUUUGGCUUCAUGGCUUCCAGGCUCUUUAGGGUUUUCAAGAAGGAUGAGAUCCAAGGUAAGAAGUGGAAGAAAACAUGCUGCGUUCCCUCUUUUGUGCUGUUUGUCCUGACACUGGGAUGCCUGAUCACUGGUGUGGCCCUGCUGGCCAUCUUUAAGGUGGACCCUCAUAACUUGACAGUGAAUGCAGUUCUCAUAGCCAUGGCCAGUGUGGUGGGUCUGGCCUUACUGCUCAACUGCAGGACCUGGUGGCAGGUGGCCGACUCCGUGCUCAACUCUCAGAGGAAACGUCUGCACAGCGCGGCCAACAACUUACAUAAACUCAAGAGUGAAGGAUUUAUGAAGGUUCUGAAGCAAGAGGUGGAACUAAUGUCAAAAAUGGCCAAAACCAUCGAUGGCUUUACCCAGAACCAGACUCGCAUGGCGGUCAUCAUCGACGGACUGGACGCCUGUGAGCAGGACAAAGUUCUGCAGAUGCUCGACACGGUCAGGGUACUCUUCUCCAAAGGGCCUUUUAUUUCUGUCUUUGCCAGUGACCCCCACAUCAUCAUCAAAGCUAUCAACCAAAACCUCAACAGCGUGCUGAGAGACUCCAACAUCAACGGACACGACUACAUGAGGAACAUCGUCCACCUGCCAGUGUUCCUCAACAGCAGAGGCCUCAGUACGGCCAAAAAGCUCUGCACGGCCGCCCCCGUCCAUGGAGAGCCACUGCCUGCUGAGGGAUGGCAUGAAGACAUGGAAAGGAAGAUGUCUCUGACCAGCAUCGGCCAGGACCAGGCCAAGUUUGGCAGCAAGAACGCCCUAAACCGCAGGGACACAUACCGGCGCCGGCAGAUGCAGAGGACCAUCACGAGACAGAUGUCCUUUGACCUGACCAAGCUGCUGGUGACGGAGGACUGGUUCAGCGACAUCAGCCCACAGACCAUGAGGAGGCUGCUCAACAUUGUUUCCAUUACAGGUCGUCUGUUGAGGGCCAAUCAGAUCAUCUUCAACUGGGACCGGCUGGCCUCUUGGAUCAACCUGACCGAGGAGUGGCCUUACAGAACGUCAUGGAUCAUCCUGUUUCUGGAAGAGAACGACGGAGUGUCCGACCACACUGCUCUCAAGGCAAUCUAUGAGAGAAUUUCCAAGAACAUCCCCACCACUAAGGACGUGGAGCCGCUGCUGGAGAUCGAUGGAGACAUCCGCAGCUUUGAGGUCUUCCUGUCCUCCAGGACCCCCGUACUCGCUGCCAAAGAUGUGGAGAUGUUCCUCCCGUGCACCGUCAACCUGGACCCCAAACUCAGGGAGAUCAUAGCAGAUGUGCGUGCCGCCAGGGAGCAGAUGCACAUCGGGGGAGUGACCUAUCCCACGCUGCCCCUGCAGGAAGCUGUGCCCCGUCCCCAUUCAGGUUAUGGCCAGCACUCUGCCGCCUGCUCCCCAGCGGGGUCCUUCGCUGGGUCCCUGCCUCCCCCUCAGCCUCACAGUGCCUACUUCAGUGGGAUGACCGGCCCUCAGCAUCCCUUCUACAACCGGCCUUAUUUCCCCCAUCAUGUGUAUCACCUGCCUCGGCCUUACUCCCACCAUGUCCCCCCAUCCUCGCGUCCCUACAUUAAACCACCCGGUCAACCUAAGGACAACCCCAAUGGACUUGAUGUUAUUGCAGAGGAUGCCAGAGAAGGCCUCCCCUCAUGUCCCUCUGAUCCCACCAUGGUGUCUUCUGCGGCCCUGCUUAGCUCCAUGAACAAAGAAGCAGUGUGUGAGCGGCUCAGGCAGUUAGAUGGAAUCGACCCCAGCAUGCUGCCACAGUACACCUCCACCAUCAAGAAGGCUAAUAUAAAUGGCCGAGUGCUGUCUCAGUGCAACCUGGAUGAGCUGAAGAAAGAGAUGGAGAUGAACUUCGGGGACUGGCAGCUCUUCAGGGGAACAGUGAUGGAGCAACGUCAUGCUGAAAGCCACGCUCUGCUUCAAGACGAGUCCCGAGCUGCCAGCGAGCAGGGCAGCAGCGUGCACCACGGGGAGCCCAGCAGGCACUCAGGGGGGGCCCAGCAUGAAGCAGCAGCCUUCAGCCUGAACCUAAGCUUCGAGGAGCUGAGCGGAGCGGGGCUUGAGGAACCUCCGAGACACAGCAACAACACGAACUGGCCGGUUGCAAACCUCCGUGCCUCCAGCAUGUCCAGCCUCAACUCUCAGGAAUCCUCAAAUGACAUCUGCAAGCUGACAGACAAGCAGCAGGCUGAGUACCAUGACGCCUACAGGGAGUACAUCGCUCAGAUGGCCCAGGUGGAGAUAUCCGGUGUUGGGGGAGAGAGGCCGGUGCAGCCCCACCCGGGACAGUUCCUCCAGGCUGCCAGCUCAGAGGACAAAGGGGCCAAGGAAGGCGCUGACCAAGACAGCCGGAAGUCCUUCACCAAGAGAGUCUCCAAGACUAGCGACACCACGGACUUCUCCUCAGGGGCAGAUGCACUGCCCCUAGACCCCAUCAGUGAAGAGGACGAGAAGCUGGACCACAGCUCCUCGUCCAAGACGCCGGGCUCCAGGAAGAAGGGAGCCGGGUCACUUUACCACAAGCUGCCCAACGAUGAAGACUCAGGGCCGGAAGAAGCGGACAACACAACACCUCUCCUCCAUGAAGAGGAUCGAGCCCAGACCAGUGGGCUGCUGGCCAAGCCUGGCUACCUCACCGAAAUCCUCCUGGAUAAGAAGGACUCGUCAGACUCAGGGAUGCGCUCCAGCGACAGUUCCUCAGACCGCUCCCUGGAAGAGGCUGAAGGAGACGGAGAAGCUCUGAAGCCCAGUCUGAUCGAGCUGGAGCUGGAGGGCCUGGUGAAGAAGAGAGGCCUCCUCCCGAGCAGCCUGAGCGGCCUGCAGGACUCCGCAGUGGCACGCAUGUCCAUUUGCUCCGAGGCCGCGUCCGAGGCCAGCCUCAUGGCCAGCAGCCCAGAUGAGGGAUGGCCAUCCAGCGGGGUCGGCAACCUCAACUGCACCCCCGGCAACACCACCCUUAAUGACAACGCAAACAGCCCUGACCACACUUACACCAACAACAGCCAUCUGCAGCCAGCUCACAUCACAGGCACAGAGUCCACCACCUCCUCCUCCAGCAUCAACGUCUCGCCAGCUGUCAUCAUCACCCCCGGCAGCAGCAGCACUGCCAACACCACAACUGCAGCCAUCCACAACCAGAACCUGCGUACCAUCAGCCUGGGAGAUGAGAUAGAGAGCGCCCUCUGAUGAGCUGCUCGUUUGUGUGACAAGGGUCACGUAGACUUUGUGAUGUUGUUGUUGGUGGCAUAAUUAUUGGUGUUGUGACUUGUUCCAAAGAACUGGUUAGGAAUGAACUUUAGGAAGUUUGCUGUGAAUAAAGAUUAGUUUACAAAGGCCUUAAUUAUUUGGUUAGGUAAAAAAAAAAAUGUUUUAAUUAAACAAUUGAUGCAUCCAAACUACAAGUGGAAGUUAGUGAUACCAAAAAUGCUUCAGUCGGGUGCAAUUGGAAUAUUUUUCAUGUGAAGGUUGUGCUGUUGGAUAUAGUGUUUAUGGAUGAAAUGUUACAUGUUGUGGAUUUGAUAAUGUUACAGAAAAAAAAAGUGUGUUUCUGAGGAAAUGUAGUCAUGACCAAAAAACAAUAGGUUCUGUCGCGGAAGACUAUUGUCUCCGAAAUGUUUGUGCGGUGCCGUGUUUGAUAGUUAGAAUAUUACAAAUAGAUGGCUGUGUAGACAACGGUGCAGUCAGUGUGUUUUUGACGGGUUCUGUAGUAGAAGAAUUGCAUGCACAAGUCUCCAAAGUGAUUGUCUCUUCCAAAUUGUGAAUUGGUGUUGUGUGAAUCAAUAAAGAUUGUGCUAUGUUGACCCUUGAAA